GACACGUAUUUUUUUUCUAUGAAGUUUGUCAUCUUGCGUCGUGUUGGAAAAAUUUUGUUCGCUAUGUUCAGUCAAGUCUCGAAAUAAAUAAAUUGAACAUGGCUGAUAUCGAAGGACAUAAACACCAAGAAUCUAAUUUCCAUGAGGGAGAAGGCCACGAAGUAGUCGGUAGACUGAGCCUGAAGCUGAGGCACGGCAACUUAGAGGUCGAGGAGCCGUUGACCGAGAAGCCAGCGCCGGCGCCGCGGCCGGCCGGCCCGCACGGCGUGCAGGUCGUGAAUACCGGCCCCGACCACACCUUCGUGCUUGACGAGGAUGCCCUUAGCGAGCUGCUGCUGCAAGAAGACAUCAGAGACCGAGAUGUGGUUGUCAUAUCCGUGGCCGGCGCCUUCAGGAAGGGCAAGUCCUUCUUGCUGGACUUCUUCCUCCGGUAUAUGCAUCACAAGUACGGCGCGGGCGGCGGCGGCGGCGACUGGCUGGGAGGUGACGAGGAGCCGCUGCAGGGUUUCAGCUGGCGCGGUGGCUCCGAGCGAGACACCACCGGCAUCCUCAUGUGGUCCGAGAUAUUCAAGGCCACGCUGGACUCGGGGGAGAAGGUAGCAAUAAUCCUGCUGGACACACAAGGCGCGUUCGACAGCGAGUCCACGGUGCGCGACUGCGCAACUGUGUUCGCGCUGUCCACCAUGCUGUCCUCCGUGCAGAUCUACAACCUGUCGCAGAACAUCCAGGAGGACGACCUGCAGCACCUGCAGCUGUUCACAGAAUACGGGCGCCUGGCGCUUGAAGACAGCGGGCGCACGCCGUUCCAGCGGCUGCAGUUUCUGGUGCGCGACUGGAGUUUCCCCUACGAGGCGCCUUACGGCGCCGUCGGUGGGCAGACAAUACUCCAGAGGAGGCUCAAGGUGUCGGACAAGCAGCAUCCCGAGCUGCAGUCGCUGCGCAAGCACAUCGCGGCGUGCUUCUCGGAGAUCGCGUGCUUCCUCAUGCCCCACCCCGGCCUCAAGGUCGCCACCAACCCGCACUUCGACGGCCGCCUCUCAGACAUCGAGUCGGAGUUCCAGCGCUCUCUCCAGCAACUGGUACCGAUGCUGCUGGCUCCACAGAACCUGGUGCCGAAGCUGAUCAACGGGCAGCGCGUGCGCGCCAAGGACCUCGUGCAGUACUUCAAGUCCUACAUGCACAUCUACAAGGGCAACGAGCUGCCUGAGCCCAAGAGCAUGCUCGUGGCCACAGCGGAAGCGAACAACCUCACAGCGGUAGCAGAAGCCAAGGAAGUCUACACGACGCUCAUGGAGGAAGUCUGCGGCGGGGCGAAGCCCUACCUGCAGACACAGUUGUUAGAGGCGGAGCACAGCCGCGUCCGCGACAAGGCGCUGCACGCCUUCCACGCCAAGCGCAAGAUGGGCGGCACCGAGUUCAGCCAGGCCUACUGCGAGCAGCUUGUGCAGGACCUCGAGGAGCACUUCCAGCAGUUCCGCGCGCACAACGAGAGCAAGAACAUAUUCAAGGCGGCGCGCACGCCGUCCGUGUUCUUCGCCAUCGCGCUCGUGUUCUACGUGCUGAGCGGCGUGCUCGGGCUCGUCGGGCUGUACCCGCUCGCCAACCUCUGCAACCUGGCCAUGGGGCUGGCGCUGCUCACGCUCGUGCUGUGGGCCUACAUCAGGUACAGCGGUGAAAUGCGGGAGCUAGGCGUGACUAUAGACGAAGUCGCGAACUGCUUAUGGGAUAAUGUAAUGAAGCCAGUGUACCAGUCGUGCCUCGAAAAAGGCAUGGAGCACGCCGCGGCCGCCGCCGCCGAGCGCACGUUCGGGCCGGCCACGCCCACCGCCAACGGCAAGCACAAGCACUUGUGAUGCCGCCCCGCCCCGCCCCGCCCCCCCGCGUCCCACGACAGGGCCCGGCUCAAGGGACGAAACCCGCGGGACGCUGGACACGACAGGGCCCGGCUCAAGGGACGAAACCCGCGGGACGCUGGACACGACCCCCACAAAACUAACCGUAUAUCAGCCGAGGCUCUCGCGUGCUGAAUGAUGCGACGCGGAUAAAGCCCGCGAAGAUUCAUCCGACGUCGCAUCGAAAUUGCUCAAAUAAUUUACGCGUGGGGGCGGGAUAUAUAAAACGUGCAUGAAUGAGCGCGACCUCAUUUCUCGUACGUUUCGGAAGUUUUACGGAAGACGAAUUUAUCAAGAGACGAACCGAAUCGGACGCCGUCGUGUCCGCGUCUCAUCGAUCCUGCUCACGUCGAAAUAGUGUUAAAUCGAAAGUUUGUGUGAUAAUGAGUAUCUGGGAAGUUGACUGUGUGAUCCGCGGCCGCCCCGUCGAAGGAACUCGGGUGAGUUAAAAUUUCGACUUGAAAUUCUAGGUAAAUUAGUGUAGAUAUUACUAGACUCGAGCUAAAGGACCGGUACUGGUGAAGGUUAUAAUGGUUGUUUUUGUACAGUUUAUAGUGAAAUUUUAUGUAGAACUAGUUUAGUACUGAUCGUAGUAUUGAUUGAUUAAUCUGACUUAUAAGUUUAGACAAUAAUGUAAUAUCUUGGGAUGGAACAAACAACAAACUUGCAUGUGACACGUGAUACUUAUUGACUGAAGAGUCCGUAUAUCGCUUAGUAUUACGGCGUCCACUUGGCAUACUUAAUAAAUUUUGAAAGCAACUACCAACAAUAUUUCCAGUGAGUUUUCGUCUGUCGCUUAUAAGACUAAAUUAACUUUUAAUAAUAACUAAAUAAAACUUUUUAUUUUCAAUCACAAAAAUAAAAUAGUAACAGAAUGCUUGAUAAACAUUUUCGAUACUAUAAAACAAAGAACUUGACAUUUUGUUCACCAAAAGAUUUGUGUUAAAUGUAAUUUUAGCAAUAAUGAGGAAAGACAAAUAACUAAGGAUUAACCAAUCAAUACAAAAUCAAAUCACGGUGAAACAAUUUCAUUAGGGGUCAUCCAUAAAGUACGUCACACGUAAAGAGGGGGGGAGGGGGUCGACAAAGUGUGACAUGGUGUGACAAGGGGUGGGAGGGGUCCAAAGUUUCGUGACGUCACAUUUCAAAAUCUAAUAUAUCUAGAGGUACUAAUGGCGUAAUUUGAAAUAUAAAUUAAACUAAAAAAUACCCCCACCACUUAAGCACAACUCCGUCGAAGUCGAAAACCUAAGAGAGUCUAUGUGCAACCAAUGAAGCCAUUAAAUCAAUAAAAUCUUUUGUAGGUAUUAUUUCAGAUUUAAAAUCUAAUUCUACUGGCCUAUAAUGCCGCCAAACGCACCGUACCUCGCGCGUGAUUUUAUUGUUUCUAUUUGUUGCUAUUUUUUUGUUAAUUUAAUAAUUUUUCGAUGUGAAAUUGCAAAACAUGUGACGUCACACUAGGGAGGGGGGGUUUCAGAAAUGUGACCACCAGUGACAAGGACGGGGGAGGGGUCAAAAAAUCAUAAAAUUCGUGUGACGUACUUUAUGGAUGGCCCCUUAUAACGUAUCAUAGAUCAUAAUUUAUUGAUGUGAAAUCAUUCAGGCACAAAGAUUAUUUUAAUAGCCACAUUAUAACAGAGAAUAUAAAGGGACACCUUGUUGAAAUGCACCAGACAGAUGUACUUAACGACACUAGUAGAAGUAGAUGUAUAAAACAAUUUGUACUCUAUUACGAUAGAUUAGAGUGUAUUUCAUUUGUCACUUGACAAUAAUGUAAAACAAAUAUUUCUGUACCUACCCCAUUUUCUCCAAAAAGAAAGGUUUAUCUGUUUCCCAUAUUACCUACUUUUUACGAGGUGGAAAUGCGUUAUACCUUCAGAUAUUAGGGACAAUAAAAGUCCUUCAGAUUAUGGCAGCAUUAUUUGUUGCCAUGUUCAACCACAACAACCUCUGCAUCAUACCUCAGUGUCAUUUAAGACGAUUAACAAGACACGCCAAUCGCAUCCAGCUCACAGCUUGGUUCCUAACUGUGCCAGUGACAUUGUAACUUUUACAAAAAAGUAAAAACAAAGUCAACUAGACAAACUACUUAACCACCACAUCAAAAAUAUGCAUCGCUAUUUUAGAAACUGGGGUUUUUUUAACUGGACUUAAGUACCUAUACCGCAAGUAGUUAAUAGAUAUAAUUGUACAACUUAAUCAUAUCACUGUACCUAUUUAAAAUUAGUUAGUAAAUUCGGUGUAACUCCUGUGAGUUAGAUUUUCAACCAGUUGAGUGGCAUUUGAAAGACACUUUUAGAAAAUGGUAAACUCGACAGUGCUGGCAACAUUGAGAUACAAAUACUUGCAACAUUUGAUAAUGCUAUUUUAUAAAUAAAACAUAUCACCAUUAAAAAUAUAAAAUUACAGGGUGAUGAAAAAGCAUUUUUCGGAGUUCAAAAUUAUGUCGUCUUUUUGUAUUUUAUAGAAAUAAAUAAAUAGCCUAUUUCGAUUUUGAUAAAUAUUGAGUAUGACACGCGUUGUCGCGUUUGCCAUAUUUCAGUGGCAAUAUAGUUAUGUAAAUAAGUAUUUUUUUAUGUACAAUCGACAUAUCUUCAGAUUUCGGAACACUCAAAUGUGAUGUGCCAAUUCGUUAGUAGAUUUUUCCAAAUUAGCUUCAUCUUUGUUUGUUAAAUUUUCAGAGUUUAUUUUGUUAAAGUACUUGAUGGAAUAAGGCUAAUCUUCCUCUGUAUGGCUGCUGGAUUUUGACGCGCUCUAAAGUAGCUCCUCUUGCCACGUCUAUAAAGUGUAAUAUGUUAAUGACAAGUUCACAAAAGGAUAAUAUGGUUGUGAGAUCCAAAUUGCAUUGAUAUUAAUUAAUUAAUGUCCUACUUAAAUCUCCAAAGUGUAUUUAUGUACAGGAAUGAUUAAUGUGUGACUAAGUCAUCAUAGUUACGGACAAUAAGUCAUUUUACCAGCGUGGUCUUUUACUUUUCGUUCUCAUUAUGUAUUUAUCAAACAUCGGUAUAAAACAAAUUCUAAUUGUAAAUACAAACUUAUUGUAAAUAAAAGCCAAAAGUGCCUAUCUUCCAUUUUAAACAAUAAAACGUUGUAAACAUAGAUUAAAAAUAGAAUAGAUAAUACUAUUUGGUCUGUAACUCCAUCGUGCCAAACUUUUAAAUCACGUUUUUAAUCUGUUCUCAUUAAAUACUUUGGCUUUUUAAUCUCUAGUUUUAAUUCUUGAAGGAAAGCUAGUCAACGGUUAUUUGACUGGUUCAUGACAAAAUAUUAUGUUAAAGAUCAUUAUUUCUUAUGAAAAAAUAGAUAAUAUGUCAAUUUAUAUGUUAUUAUUAGUAUAAUUGUUAUAAGAGUUGUUACGGGGUGGUAAUUUUGUUUAUGAAACAAUCAUGGCCGACGUGUAUAGUAGUUUAUAAUUAUGUUAACUAAUAGAUUGUUUUAACACACUUUAUUUGUAAACUUCGCUUAGAGUUAAGUGUUUUAUGCGGUUGACACUAAAAUGUUUCAGGUGUUUGCGACAUUUUAGUUUCGAUUCCAAUAAAAGAGAAACAAUA